AUGAGCCCUGGCACAAGAGCCCCCAAGCCUCUGAGAACAAGCCAGGACAGCGUGGGAGAGCUGCUGCUGCUGCAGGAAGACCCUGCCUCAGCCAGUGAUGAGGCUCCCAGCAUCCUCCUUCCCACUCCCAGCCCGCAGCCAGCCACUCUCACAAAAGCUCUGCUGGGCAGCCUCCUGUUCCUUGCUAUCUUGGUGACAGCAUGCAAUGCAGCCUGCACUUUUCAACGACAUAAGACUCUUUCAAACCGAUCGCCUGAUGAAUGCCUGGAUUCUGAUGGUAGCAAACACGGUGUGGGCACUUACUGGACAAUCAACUGUACGAAGUGUUACUGUGAAAAAGAUGGAAUUAAUUGCUGCUCCCAAAUCCUUAUGCCCACGGGCUAUGACAAAGAGAAGUGUAAGACAAUAUUCCAUCAAGAUAUGUGCAAAUAUACCGUGGUGGAAAAGAACAACGAAGCAAAGUUCUGUCGUGUUGAUAGUUGGGUAUUGUAAAUGUACUUCUAGUGGGCCCCAAAGUUGAGCAACAUUUGAAUAUUUGUAUGAUUUAAAUUUACCAAUUGUAGCCUGGGUGGUGGUGGCCUGUAAUCCCAGCACUGGAGGCAGAGGCAAGCGGAUCUCAUGCCAGCCU